GGUGACGUAGACUUCCGGUUCGGUGGGCUCGCUCACGCGCGAGACUGUUGCGAAGGCUGGGUUUCGUUUGGUGCGGUUCCCCGGCACCUCAGCCCUCCAGAGUGCCAUGAGGUCGGUUAGCUACGUGCAGCGCGUGGCGCUGGACUUCAGCGGGAGCCUCUUUCCGCACGCCAUCUGCCUCGGAGAUGUCGAUAACGACGCGUUAAAUGAACUGGUAGUGGGAGACACCAGCGGAAAACUGUCUGUGUAUAAGAAUGAUGACAGCCGGCCAUGGCUUACGUGUGCCUGCCAGGGAAUGUUGACUUGUGUUGGGGUCGGAGAUGUAUGUAAUAAAGGGAAGAACCUGGUGGUAGCAGUCAGUGCAGAGGGCUGGCUGCACUUAUUUGACCUGACAUCCACCAAGGCUCUGGACGCUUCUGGGCACCAUGAGACACUUGGAGAGGAGCAGCGACCUGUCUUCAAGCAGCACAUCCCGGCCAACACGAAGGUCAUGCUGAUCAGCGACAUCGAUGGAGAUGGCUGCUGCGAGCUGGUGGUGGGAUACACAGACCGUGUGGUGGGGGCCUUCCGCUGGGAAGAGCUGGCUGAGGGGCCUGAGUACCUGGCAGGGCACCUGGUGUCCCUCAAGAAGUGGAUGCUGGAGGGUCAGGUAGACAGUCUCUCUGUGACCCCAGGACCUCUGGGUGUGCCUGAGCUGGUUGUGUCGCAGCCGGGGUGUGCUUAUGCAGUUCUACUCUGCACCUGGAACAAGGAUACUGGCUCCCCUCCUGCCUCUGAGGAGGCCACAGGAGACAGUAGGGAAACCCCGGCUGCCCGGGAUGUGGUGCUGCACCAGACGUCCGGCCGCAUCCACAACAAGAAUGUGUCCACUCACCUAAUCGGCAGCAUCAAGCAAGGUCAUACCCCUGAAACUGGUAACUCGGGCCUCUUUGCCCUGUGCACCCUAGAUGGGACGCUGAAGCUGAUGCAGGAAGCAGAUAAGCUGCUAUGGUCUGUGCAGGUGGAUCACCAGCUUUUUGCCCUGGAGAAGCUGGAUGUCACAGGCGACGGGCUUGAGGAGGUAGUAGCCUGUGCCUGGGAUGGACAGACAUACAUCAUCGAUCACAACCGCACUGUUGUUCGCUUCCAAGUGGAUGAAAACAUCCGUGCCUUCUGCGCAGGCCAGUACGCCUGCAAAGAGGGCCGCAACAGCCCCUGCUUGGUGUAUGUCACUUUCAAUCAGAAGAUCUACGUGUACUGGGAGGUGCAGCUGGAGCGAAUGGAGUCCACUAACCUUCUGAAGCUGCUGGAGGCUGAGCCGGAGUACCGCAGCCUACUGCAGGAGCUGGGUGUGGAUCCUGACGAUCUCCCUGCAGUCCGUACCCUGCUUCACCAGACUCUCUACCACCCGGACCAGCCUCUAGAGUGUACUGCCUCAAGCUUCCAGGACCCCACCUAAGCUGGGCGUGGCCACUUAGCUGGUGAAGGAUCCUUCUGAGCCCCCGCCCUAACCCACAGUGAUCUGUGAGCUUAGCAGAAUGGGUAUAUAUAUAGAUAUAUAUAUAUAUCAUGGAGGAACAGGACUUAAGUCUUGGCCAUCAAAGGAUGGUGGCACCCCUGAGAGACUUGAUGAAUGAAAAGAUUGGAUUCCCCUCCGCUCAUUGCCCUGUGGUCCCCUUCUUGUACUACCUACUCUCAUUGUAGAAAACAGACUUGUGAGAAAAGGCAGCAAACCUUUGCCAUGGUGUCAACACCUGGAAAAAAAAAAAACAGGCUUCAGGCCUGAGGGACUAAGGGGACAGUGGAGAUGGCCCCACUGCUCCCAUUGAGUGCCGAUGACUUUCACAGCAUAGCUCCAGGCAGCUGACAUCAGUAAUUAUUUCAGGAAUGGCUGAGUGUUUGUUUAAGGGCAUCUUUCAGGACAGUUUCCUUCUCAUCUUCCUGUGUUCUUCCAUUUACUGAAGCAACUAGGUCACAGCUUUCUUUCUUUCUUUUUUUUUUUAGUUUUUUGAGACAGGGUUUCUCUGUGUAGCGUUGGCUGUCCUGGACUCACUUUGUUGGAGGCUGGCCUCUAACUCACAGAGAUCUGGCUGCCUUCACCUCCCUGAGUGCUGGGAUGAUAAGCGUGUGUCACCAUGCCCAGCUCGUCAGGGCUUUCCUAUUUUGCUAUGAUCUUUUCUCUCCCUCUUCUCUUCUCCCCUCCACCCCACUUCUGGUUUUGCUUUGGGGUGUUUUUUUGUCUGUUUGGUUUGGGGUUUUGGUUUUUGUUGGGGGGUGUGUGUGUGUGUGUGUGUGUGUGCAAGUAUAUGUGUUUUGCCCGCAUUUAUGACCGUGUGAGGGCAUCUGAAGCCCCGGAACUGGAGUUACAGACAGGUGUGAGCUGCCAUGUGGAUGCUGGGGAUUGAACCCUUUUGUACAUCGGUCCUAGUGCUCAGACACAGGUUUUCAGGCUUGCAUGGAAAUGUUCCUCCCCACCAAGCCAGCUCCCCAGCCCUCAGGUCUUUUGAACUAAAUGAAAUGGAGUAAAAUAAAGCGGAGAAUGUCAGA